UUACCGCUGAUAUCCUGAUCCUGAAUGAUCCUCGAUAUUUCUUCGACUUCUUUCAAACGCAGAAUACUUUUGCUUCCUAUAUAUACGAGAUAAUCUCAUCGCGUUAACAAUGUCAAAGUACGGAUGUCUGAGACCAGCUGGUAUGUCCGAUGACGACGAUGACGACGAUGAUGAUUAUUUUUUCGAGAAGGAGGACAUCAAAGAGCGUAAUUAUUCUUCAAGAGAGGAUUCGUGGAAGACGGAAAGUGACCUUGAUGAUGUACGUGUUAACGAAGAGUGUGUUCAUGAAGAUUAUGCGAUGAAAGCAUGUAUAAAGGGAGACUUGGAAGCGAUACAGAAUCAUUUUCAAAAUGUAGCAUAUGAUAUUAAUAAAUUUCUGUAUACCGGAUGGACUUUAUUGUUGUAUGCUGCUUCAUCGGUGCAACCAGAGAUAAUAAGAUAUCUGCUGACACUUGAUGCAGAUCCAAAUAAGAGUAAAGAGGGAUUUACACCUCUUAUGGCACUGUGUUCUUCUACAAAAGGAACACCUGAAAGAUUUCUGGAAUGUCUUGUAUUAUUAAUUCAAGCAAAAGCUGAUGUAAAUCUUACAAGUAAACGGAGAGAAACAGCUCUAAUGUAUGCUUGUAUGUCGCAAAAUGUAGAGUUUGUCACCGAACUUAUAAAACAUAUAAACGACAUCAAUGUUUGUGACAGUGAUGGAAAAGCUGCAUUGAGCUAUGCUGCUACAGCUAAUAAGCCUGAUAUUGUCAAAAUUCUUUUGGAGCACAAUGCAGAUACUUCAUUGUUAGAUAAAAAUUAUUUAACUGCCAAAGACAUCGCGGAUAAAAAAGGAUUUACAGAAAUAUCUGCUCUGUUGGCUCAGGACGAAGAAGAGAAACCAAUUGUUUGUGAAGUGUUUGACAGAAAAACUUGGAAAGAUUUAUUUUCAGAUUUGUAUCCUAGAGGACAAGAAGUUUUAGACGAUUAUGUAUCCAGUAUGCUAUCUGGAAUGAAUUUGGGAAAUUAUAAGAUUUUGUUUCGAGGAAUGAAUCUUAAAACUUUUUUGCAAUUGACAGAAGAUGAUAUUUACCACCUAGGAAUCGAUAUCACUGUCCAUAGAGAACAAUUUUUAGAAGAUUUGGAAAAAUUUCAUCUUAAAAGAUGGAAUCUGAGAAGUCUUGGCAGUACAAACAACUUGAACCCUUGCAGUAUUUAUGAUAAUAUAAUAUUAUUGGCAAAUGCAAAGGAGAAGAUUGCUGUAAUAGGUGCUAGUUUUCAAUAUAUAAAAAAUAACUUGAUAAAAGCUGCAAGUGAAAAUAUUUAUCUUUCUCCUUUAGAAGUAUUAAAAUAUGAGGAAGAACUAAAAGAAACGCAAAAGAAUUUGAAAAAUUUAAAAAAUGAAAUAAUUUGCUUUAAGAAACUAGCACAAAAGAUUGAUAAAGAAGACGAUAUCGGUGUACCAGCAAUUUAUAUUAGUUCCAAGAAAAAUAAAUCGAAAAUAAUUUGGAAUAACAAUUGGAUUAUAUCAUUAAGCAUUACAUUAAUAGGGUUGUAUUUAUGUAAAACAACACAUGUUAAAAGAUUAUGGAAUAUCUAUAACAUAAAAAUGUAAUUUUUUCAAUAUAUCUUCUAUGUUUUUACUGAACAAAUUUCAUACUUUUGAACAUUAUAUUGUUGCAUAGCACAAAUAAGCUUAUA